CUUGACUGAGAAGUAUAAUUCAUCUCUAAUUAAUAUAUUUAUUUCUUAAAUAUGAUGAUCCAUGUAGAUUUGAUCAAAUUGAAGACUGAUUUGUUUUUUCUUAAUCAUAAACCAUUGACAAUAAGAAAAUGAAUGAAUGAAUGACAGACAAUUAUUUGAAUUGUUGUAUUGGUGGUUUCGUCCUGUUUGGGACUUGUCAAAUUGGGGCAAUAUCGAUGCAAUUCACAAAGAAUGUACAUAUGCUGAUAAGAGACCGAUUAAUUACAGACUUAAACAUCAAUGGGAAGAUUCAAGAAACCAAUACAAAAUUGAAUUAAAACUUCACCCCAUUAUACAAACUAAUCUCUAUCUGGACCCAGUAGCUAAGUGUAUAACCCAAUGGCCUUUGAAGAAAAUGGUACUGGGUUGUAGUCCUGGAGUGAAAAUCAACUCUGAAAUGGAGGUAUAUACAGCUGACCAUUUGCAGUUUUAUGAAUUAUUUGAAUUAGCUAUCAAUAUGAUGGUUUUCUUUUUAAGAUUAUCGGUACCAACUUUUUUUAUUUUCAAAUAAAAUCAAUGUUGGAUAGAAAAUUUUCGAGACAUUGAAGAUUAUUUCAUUUGAAUGAGUAAAAUAUUAUUUAAAAAGAA